AUUCGUACAAUUCAGUACAAAUCACGCGACCCGUCAGUGUUAAUCUCGUCGAAGGGGACAGAAAAAAAAAAAAAUUUUCUUGUCUCAAAAAACUUUUUCCCCCACUCAUCUCUUUUUACAACCCUUUUUUAAGUGUCCUUCGGCGAGAGUGAUUUGAACGAAGAGAAAGAAAAUUUUUUUUUUCUUUCGUUUUAUUUAUUUUAUUAAAUCAAAAAUCGUAGAAAAAAUUAAUUUAAAACAAAAAAUGAUAUCUAAUCAAGUGAACGGCCUAUUGUUGCCCUUAAUUGUUGUUGUCGUAUUUUCGACAUUCGCACGUGCCGCUAUUGAACAUGGUACGGUCAGUCAAUCAAUUGAGGAUACACCGGAUAAUUCGGCUACAAUUUUAAGUAAAGAUUGUGGUAAAUCUUAUAGUGCCAAAUGUCUCAAACUUGAUGUUGUGUCAUUUUUUGAUCGGCUUUCCGAGCAGGAUGAUUUGGGUCUUCUUCCUGGGGUGUCAGUUAUCAAGGACGCGAGUACAACUGAAAUUCCCUCGUCAGAAAUGAUGGCCAAUUUAGCGAGGGAUUUCCCUCACGACGCCGACAAACGACUCGAUGCAUAUUUAAUACACAAAGUGGGAAGUUAUCUCAACAGUCAUGCAAUCUCCAUAAAACUCUUUGAUCCGCGAACUUUCGAAGCUGCCCGAAGUUUUAACGAUGAGGCACUUAAUCGACUGGGACUAAUUGGCAACAAAAAUCUCGAAGCUGGUCGUGGCAAGAAGGACAAGGGUAUGGGUAGUUUAAUGGCCGGUUUAAUGAUGAUGAAAGGAACAUUAGGCGCAGUUGGAUUUGGUGCACUUGCACUACUUGCUGGCAAGGCAUUAAUGACUGGCCUAAUGGCACUGAUGCUCUCUGCAAUUAUUGGAUUAAAAUCACUGGCAAGCGGUGGCGAUAAGAAAACAACGUAUGAAAUUGUCAGUAAACCAGUUUAUUCACAAUCGCAUACACAUAGUUCGGAGGAGCAUCAUGGACACGGUUAUGGACACUCGGGUUAUGGUAGAUCUUUGGAUUAUGCUCAGGAAGCCGUUCACGAAGCUGUACGAAAAUAUGGAAAUGUUCGCGACCGCAGAUCGCUAUUGUAAUGUACAUUUUUUUUUUGAAAAAAAAAUUUAGACAUACCAAAUGAUUGAGGUAGGAUCAAAUCUCACUCAGAGCUUUCAUACUUCAUCAAUGUUUUUGUUUUUAUUUAUUUUCUAUUUAUUUUUUUUUUUUUGGUUUUUAAAAGAGAAGUUUUUUUUAUUCUGAUUUUUUUACUCGGACUUUUUUCAAUUUUAUUCUUC